AUGCCGGACCAGGCAGAUCAGGCUCGGGCGCAAUCGCCCCUCCUGCGUGUCGUCCUCUGCUGCACCUCCAUUGGCCUCGAACAGAGAAAUGAACUCGCAAAUUGGGCAACCGACAUGGGCGCCGUCCAUAAGUACGAUCUUACCUCCGACGUAACCCACCUUGUCGUCGGUCACAUAGAUACCCAGAAGUACAAAUAUGUUGCCAAGGAGCGUCCCGAUGUCAAGGUCGUCUUACCUGCCUGGAUUGCAGCUGUGCGAGAGUCCUGGCUACAAGGCGGGGAAACAGACGUGGAAAAGCUGGAGGAGGAGUAUCGCGUGCCUACUUUCAAUGGCCUGCGCAUAUGCAUAACCGGGUUUGAGGACUUACAACAACGAAAGUACCUCGAAGAGACCGUCACCGCUCAUGGCGGGGCGUACCACGGCGAUUUAACAAGAGCCGUCACGCACCUUAUCGCGGCAGCCCCUUCGGGCAAGAAGUUCGACUUUGCUCGACAGUGGGGUCUCAAGACCGUUUCGCUGGAGUGGCUCACAGACAGUAUCGAACGUCGAAUGACCCUUGAUGAAGCAUUUUACGACCCUUUCCUGCCGAAAGAAAUGCGUGGACAGGGCGCGUUCAAAAAAUUACCGCCCGAAACAACGCCACUAGGCAAGCGCUUACGCACACCUGCUGCUGAUGAGGGAGAGGGCAAGCGAAAACUGAGGCGGACCGCAAGCACCAAGCUGGGAAGUCAGAGCUCGGCUAUCUGGAACGACAUCACAAGUGGAAGUUUUGGUGUGAAGCGAGAAGACAAUUCCUGGCAGGAAUCUGCAACCGACAAUGUGGGCUGUAAUGAGGUGAUCCCUACCACGAACAAAGUCGACAUGCACGGAAGCGCAAGAGUGGAUCAAUCGGAUGGUGCACACGAUCAGCCACCUCGGUACCAGCGAAACGUAGGCGGCUGUUUCGAUGGCAGAAUCGUAUUCGUGCAUGGCUUUGGCCGCGUCAGGACCGGGAUUCUUCAGCAACAUCUUCAUCAGAAUGGAGCUCAGCUUGUUGUGACGCCAGAACAGCUCUGCUCAUACGAGGACUCGGAACUAGGGACUGGCUUUUUGAUUACUCCUUCAGAUAUUGCUCGCGAUGCGCUUGAGGACCUGCCAAUUAUCGCCGAGGGCCUCACGCGCGUCAAUGAGUGGUGGGUGGAGAAAUGUCUUUAUCAGAAGAAGAUCGUCGAUCCUGCCAAAGAAGUGAUUUGCAAGCCUUUCCCCCAGCUUCCAAUUCCAGGCUUUGAAAACCUGAUUAUAUCCUCGACUUCGUUUGCUGAUUACGACCGCCUGCAUGUAUCGAAAGCUGUCAAACUGAUUGGUGCCACUUAUGACGAAGUGCUAAAAGAAACCGUGUCGGUCUUGAUCUGCAACUCUGAUUCGUCCCAGAACCCUAAAGCCAAGUAUUGUCUAGAGCGUUCUAUCCCCGUUGUAACCCCGUCCUGGCUGUGGAGUUGCAUCUCCACGGGCGAGCGGCAACCAUUUGAAGCGCAUGCGGUGCGUCUGCCUUCCGAAAUAUUCAGGGAGUCACCGCAGCAGCCACAGACGCGAAAGAGCUCUGCAACAAGCGCGGACGUCUCUACCAAAGAACGUCGUCACAAUAAACUCACACUAUCAAAACCCGCGUCGCCAGAUCGCCACGGCUUGGAACGACAAACAAGCCGUUCGGAACUAGAGAUCAAGGAACCUGGUGCACGGAAACAAGCUCGUACGAGCAGACCAGCUCUACCGUUGUACGAAUCGGCAAGCGAGGACGAGGCUGGAGGCGCCGGCACCACUAGAGCGGCUGUCCCGGACGAUCCGGCGCCUCCCUAUCCCGAUGAUGACGCCGCCUCACAGCCAAAACAUCUGCAGGAGUUGUCGCAUUCGGACGCUAACGCACUCCAAAGCCCUUGGCCCACAGACGUAUCACCGGCAGAUCAGCAAAAGCAGUCGCAGCAUUCCGACAGCCUCACCGGCCGUAAAACCAUCACGCCGUCGUUUGCUGCCGCUCCUCCACAAGCCGGCAGCCGGUCGAACACUGAGCUCAACAACACCAUUGCUGCACUGCUAGCUCAAAAGAAGCAAAAGGAACCCUCCCGCCCCGCAUCCGCCGGUUCCGACAAUGCCGCUGGCGGCGUAUCCCGCACCAACCGGCGGCAGCGCCGCCGCCAGCUCGGUCGCGCCACCAGCACGACGUCUAACGGGUCUAUGCCAUCUUCGCUAUCCGCACAGAACCCUUCCUCGGCCGUCGGGAAAACUUCGACCGAUGCUGAAGGCGAGGAGACGGUUGCCGUCCCGCCGCCUUGGACUGACGAGGCACACGCGGCCAGCCAGGCAAUCAUGUGGGGCAACGACUUUGACGAAGCGGAACGAGUGGAGGUGAUCAGGCGGCUGGGCGGGAAAAUAACCGAGGGAGACGGCGGCGGCGGCGGCGGCGGCGGCGGCGGCGGCGGUGCUACUGACGGUACGAGGGCGGUGGAGCCGGUCGGGAGGGCUGCGCAUGCUGCGGACGGGGGUGGGCCCAGAGCCAUGAGGACGAGGGCGGCUGGCGGGCGGACACGCUAA